AUGGCCUCUCCCAAGUGUUUCUUCAUUCUAUCAAUGAUCAUCACCUUGGCAUCGCUCUCGAGCAAUGGAGUCUUAGCAGCUCGCCACCUUUUGGAGACACCGGCGGCUCCGCCUCCGGCAUUGGCAUUGCCCAAAAUUCCAUCACUACCUAAUCCUCCAAUGCCCUCAAUUCCAACAUUGCCUAAACCAAAUGGUUUACCGCCUUUGCCUACCACUCAAUUGCCUCCUAUUCCAACCGCCCCAACUUUGCCAAAGCUCACAAUUCCUCCAUUGUCAUCCAAUCCUCUGCCCACACUUCCCACAAACCCAAGUCUGCCGAAGCCCAACUUGGCUCCAUUACCAAGUUCUCAAAUCCCAACCCUGCCAAGCCCAAAGGUAACACUUCCUCCAUUAGCCACUCCUUUGCCCACUGCUAUCCCAACAACAAUGCCUUCAAUUCCCACCAUUCCAACUAUUCCUUUCCUCUCUCCUCCACCAUCUAAUUAA